CUCUGAGGACUACUUGCGGAUAAUAGAGAAGGAGAUUCUGCCGAGACCUCGCCAUCUCGGGUUCCUCAAGCCUCUGCUAUGUGGGAAUAGAACUAACUGAAAGCCUGAAACCAGUGAGUGAACUCUAGUCUGGAGGAAUCGUAAUCGGAGGAAAUAUCCGAUGGCUUACGAGAUUUCUGCCUUCGUCUUCAACAGCACCACCCCUACUCUCAUCUCCUUCCAUGAGAAUUACUCCGCUAGCUGUCUUGUAAUUUCUUCAUCCUUCUCUGAUUCCACCUUCUUACCUUCCAAGUUCUACCCUUGCUUCAAAGCACCGCAGAAUUUCAAGCCCCUCACUCUCCUACAUGGCGAGCGACUCUGUCCACUAGCUAGCAGUUUAUCUUCUGCUCAAGUGGAAGAGCAAAAGGAGGUUGAAAUUGUGGAGGGUUACACUAUGACCGAAAUUUGCGACAGAAUGAUAGAUGUGUUCAUGACUGAGAAGACAAAAUCAAAGGAAUGGAGGAAGUAUUUGGUAUUCAGAGAAGAGUGGAAUAAAUAUAAGGAUAGCUUCUACAGAAGGUGCCAGAAGAGGGCAGACAUGGAGAAUGACCCAGUUAAGAAGCAAAAAUUCAUUUCACUGUGGAAAAAGAUGAAGAAGAUUGAUGAUGAAAUGGAAGGACACGGUGACCUGCUCAAGGAGGUGCAAGAUAGCCCUACUGAUAUAAAUGCCAUAGUUGCAAGGAGGCGUAAAGAUUUUACAGGGGAAUUCUUCCGUUACCUUUCUCUCCUUUCAGACACAUAUGAUAGCUUGGAAGACCAAGAUGCAAUUGCCAGGCUUGGGACUAGAUGCUUGUCAGCUGUCAGUGCAUAUGAUAACACUCUAGAGAUUGUGGAGACAUUGGAUCCUGCACAGGCGAAAUUUGAUGAUAUUCUCAACUCACCAUCAAUUGAUGUGGCAUGUGAGAAGAUCAAAAGCCUUGCAAAGGCAAAGGAACUUGAUUCGUCAUUAAUCCUCUUGAUAAAUAGUGCUUGGGCUAAAGCAAAAGAGUCUUCAACACUGAAAAAUGAGGUAAAAGAUAUAAUGUAUCAAUUGUACAAGACCACAAAGAGCAGUCUAAGGAGCAUGGCUCCUAAAGAAAUCAAGCUACUCAAGCAUUUGUUGAAUAUUGUAGAUCCUGAGGAGAGAUUCUCUGCAUUAGCAACGGCUUUCUCUCCUGGUGGUAAACAUGAAACCAAGGACCCUGAUGCAUUAUACACUACCCCGAAGGAGCUGCAUAAGUGGGUUAAGAUCAUGCUUGAUGCAUAUCAUUUGAAUAAAGAAGAAACAGAGUUCAGGGAAGCCAAGCAGAUAACUGAACCUGUGGUUAUCCAGAGGCUGUUCAUCCUCAAGGAAACCAUUGAAGAGGAAUAUCUGGAAAAAAAUACAUUUCAAAAGUCUGAUGCAGAAAAAGACUCUAAGUCAGAAGAAGAGUUAUAAGGUUCUUUCCUUAAAAAAUAUAAGUUUCCCUUCCUUCCCCGCUCGCUCUAUUGUUUCAUACCUUGAAAGGAAAAGGGAACAAGGAAAGAAGGGUCAAAGAAGGAAAUGAUCAAGCGUACCAAAGUUUUUUCAAGUGGCUACUUGCAGCUGGGGCCCCAACUUAUCUGCUUUCAAAGAUUUUUGUACGGGUGUAAUCUAGUUUUUUUUUAAUUUUUAUGAUAAAAAAUUUAGAUAAGUUGAUUCUCAAGCCUUGCCAAAGUUAAGGCAUACCUUGAUUUAAUAUAUUUGUGUCUCCUAUUAGGAGGACUCGAAUCAUGUUUACUUCCUUUGCAUGGAAAACUAGUGGGGUUGUACUCAUGAGAAAGCUGAAGGUGUAAAUUAAAAACCCCCCAUCAAAACAAUUUGGCCUUGCUUUGAUGAGGAGCAUUUUUCCCUCCCUUUUCUCUGGAUGAGGAUUUGGCCUGUAGGGAACUUGGAACAAUAUCUAUAUUUAGUGAGUUAGCGGAUAAAAUAUUCCUAUUUUUCCCCAUUGAA